CGACCUAGGGGGUACUUAGCAUCGUCGAUGACUGGCGUCAGUUCCUUUGUUCUGUCCCCGCGGAGCCUCCAGUUCUGGAAUGUGUUGAGCGCUCGCGAUUCUUUCACGUGAUACUUCUGCCAAGGUUAAUUGCUGAGGCUGACUCUACAACCACUCAUCUUUUUUCCCAGAACAUCAUGACUGGUGCUUACAAGUUGGGAUCUUGCUGAAAUCACGGUCUUAGGCUCUCCCAUCACGUACGACUCUUCACAACGACCAGCUAUCAGUCAUGGCCUCCUCCCAGAACAAGUGCUCUCGCCUUACAACACUUGGGUCAAGACUCCGAAAGGACUUGUUGUCAAACCUUCAGCCAACGUCAGCGCACGGUAGAAGCUCCCCGAUGGUAUGGGCCUGCUGGCCAAGCUUGCGCUGGAGUUACGCGAGAAGAUCCAUGCGAUUGUCUUGUCUCAAGAAGCUGCUGAUGGUAUGAGACAAAGAAUAUAUCUGAGGACUGAUCGGCAGGUGCGCAUCCGUGAUCGCAAUCUGCCUGGCUUACUCUCUGCCUCCACUUCGAUUCAAGGAGAGUGUUUGCCACUCUGGCGCAGCUAUGUCAUCCUUGACUUUCGCCUCAUGCGCCAGAGCGGCGAAGUCGAAUUCGUACUGAAUUGCCUGGAGGCAUUCAUCCACGCGGUCACACGAGCUAACCUCGCCCGUCUUCUCCACAAUGUCGCAAUUACAGGUCUGUCCUCAAACACAGGUCUCGGUCGCCACAACAAAGCCUUGACACAUGGCGAGGUCCUUGCUGCCGCGAAAGUUACCGAGAUAUGUCACCAACAUGGAUUUUCAAUUCCCAAGCACGAGAAGUAUGAUUCCGAUGGUUGGCGUGAACGAUAUAUCGUGAUGACACUCCUCCUUCCGGCUGGUUAUAUUGGCUACAAGGCGCACAAAAGAGGCUGGACGGAUGCACACCUCCAAGAUCAGAUCAAUACAAUGUUUUCCGAAGGUGAUUUCCAUAGUUUGCACCGUACCACCAAUACACGCGGCUCAACAAACUUCGGCAUUGCACGAGUGGCGUCAACUUCCUGUGACGUCCAUGUCGUGUGCAAUGUGAAGUGGCGACAAGAAUCGUGGGCCGGCAAGUGUCGCAUUGUCAUUGUCGAUGGCGAACGGUGGAUACGGCUGAGUCGCAGGUUCUACUUCGGUAAUUUGGACGACGACACUUUGGACCAGUGCCGACCUAAAGUGUGUGCGGAUGCGGAUUGCUGGUAUCAUUGGUAUGGUGAGACCCUCUACGACUCGGUGGUUGGUUGCGAAUCCUGCCGACCUAUUUUCGAUGCUGGAAUUGAGGAAUCCUCCAUUGGACAACAAGAUCUGCGACACGCGAUUGGCCUGUCGUUGCCAUAUGCAUGUUUCUGUUCUGUCUUCACGGGCGUAUUUGUAGACUGGUUACUGCAGGUUUUGCGCACUGCAAGGUCAUGAAUCACAGUUGAUGUCUGCCAGAGCCUUUGCUUUGGGAUAUUCUGAAAAGGAUCAUGUUUUUUCGUGGUGCAAUCAGCAUACCGUCUAUCACCAACGCAGUAGCAGUGCCUGAAGUUACUAGAUAGUUCUGGAUUCUUAGGUGGUAUCCUGAACAGUUGCAAGUGACGUGUCGUGUGUAUAUGCCAGUGGGAAGGAUUCCACGCUCAUCCACGCCCGUGUCACUUCCGCCUUUCAAGC